GUCUAUGAAACACCUUUGGAAGAAUCCCACUUAAAAGAUGGCAAUGUUAAUAUUACGAUGGUUGCCAUAACCCUUGAGUCUGAGGUAGAAAACAAACACAUGAAAAGUAACAAUAUAAAGGAUACAGAAGAUACGAAGAAGACGAAAAGUGAAACAGAUCCGAAGCUGCCACUCGUUACAAGUCAGGGUCCCAAGCAGCCUGAGUUAGGAGAGAAGCUGCUGGGUGAUUCUGGCGAGUCGUCUCUGCCCAGCAAAAAGACUUACAGGCCAUUAUUUGAAUGGGCCGGUGCAGAGAGAAGAAUGUCAAGCUCCAGAACAAAGUCAGAUGUCACCAUAGCGCACCAGCCAAUCCAGGGAUCGUCUCUGUCUGAGCAGAAUACAACUGCAACUGCUGGAUUCCCAGGACAUCCUGCCAGCACAAUAAUACCCAAGCCCCUCAAAAGCAAACACGACAAUGUCCCCUUGGUGAUUAUGAGGGCGUCAGACCUGUUGAAUGCCUCCAGUGUCUGUGGGACCGCACCUUCCCUGAGGAGAAAGCAGCAGGGACUCUGGGAAGCAAUGCAGGAGACCUGCAGAGAGAGAAGAGCAGCAGAUAUGGAUGGCAGAGCUCCUCCGCCAAGCUGUUCUUUUCCAGCCUCCAGCACAGGCAGCAAACUGUCAUGGCAAACCACUGCAGAGUGUAGCAGAGCUCCUACCUUAGCUGCAGGUCCUAGUUCAGAGUCCGACUGGGAACUCUCCUGCUCCCAGGAGAGGGACGACCAACAGGAAUCAUUCAGGGCGCAGAUCUCCAAAAUCGAACAGUUCCUCGAGACAGAGAGGCUCCGUCUGCCCAAAAGACGACGAACUGAACCAAAUCUGUAGAAACUGCUGGUCGUCUUUAUUUGCUGUCCUAGGUGAGACAUUGUGUGGCACACGUUUGACAGUUAUUGUUAGCGCAGGUUUAAAUGUUCUGAAACACGAUUGCUUUUUAAUAUAUACAUGUGUUACUGAUUCCUUUGAACUGUAUAGUUUCUUCUAACAUUGCUGUUUGAAGUUUAAAGUUUUUGGGUUAAAUCAUUAACUCUUCACUUUAUUAUUUUAACAUUUCUGUGCUUUAAAUGGAAAACGGCAGAGUUUGUGUGUUUGUUUCACACGUGCGUAUUUGUAUGUUUUUAAGUGAAGAGAUGAAAAUAAGAUAAGAUAGCCUUUCUAAGUGAUAAAUAUACAAUACUACUACUGCUAUGUUGGAAGGAUUUUAUUUUAUCACACAGUUGCAUGUGAUUAAAGUAAUUUUAUAAAGGCUCCAAUAUCACCAAUGUAAAAAUCCAACAUUUCCAUUCUCUUGUCAUUUAAUUAAAUUACAGGGUUAUGA